CUAACGCACAUGCAAUAAAAGUAACAUGAAUAUGAUAUCUUGUCAUAACAGAUGAGAAUGUUUUGCUAAAAGGUCCUUUUUAACCUUUAAUACGUGUAAGUUAUGGAAGUACUUUUGCAGACACCCAAAUCAAGGAACAGACAAUGAAGCUAGACAGUAUAUGAAAGCCAGUUCGGAUGAAUGUACAAGCAUACGUAUAGAAGACCAGACGGAUACUGAUGGUGUAGAUGAAGUUUCCACUCGUGAAUCUGGAAUUUUCACAACCUGGAAACAGUGUAUUGCCGAAAUGGAUAUACCUGGAAUAAACAAAUUAUUAGAUAAAGAGUUAUUGCCUACCGCUUCCGAGCUGAAUGGAGCAUGCUCUGCUUUUAAGAGGCGUUCACCAAUUGUUGCACGUAUAUGUGGUAAAAUAUGUAAAGAAAUUAAGAAUGUGUCCGAGGAUAUAACUUCGACUUGGGCCGCCUAUCCCUAUCCCUGUAAAAGCAAGGACGAGGAAUGUAAUGUCAUAUUUGUUGUCUACACGAAACAGCCAAAAUGUCCUAAUAUUUGUUUUCGUGACUUUAGAAUUUAUCAAAGAGGGGAAUCGGAAUUUAGUGAAGAAAGUAAAACUGUUGUGUCUCUUGACAUAACACCACAUGAUGAAGACAAUCAAUUAAUAGACAUAGAAAAUCUGCAAAUGAUAAUAGAAAAUAACGCAGACACUCUUCUAGAUAAGCACAGCAAUAUAAAUGCAAUCACAUCAGGUAUUAAAAAGUCUGUUGGUUACAUGCAAAAUCAUCACAUUCAAAAACGUGUAUUGUGUGUUGUAAUUUAUGUCCAUGUAAAAGGCCUCAUACCAUUAGAAGAAGAUCCCUUCCCCUCGUAUAUCGAUAAAUACCCAACGGACGUACUGGAAGGAGAUGUGACACUUUUCAAUAAAGGACCGUUCGAUUAUCGAGAACACGUAAUUAUGGGAUUAGCAAUCAAAGCAAGUAAUAUGAACAGCUAUGGUACUCUUGGAGGGUUUGUUAUGUCGGAUAAAUAUGGUGUUUGCGCUUUGACGUGUUGUCAUUGCUUAUUUAAUGAAAACGAAAUUUCGCAAAUAAAUUCAAAUGGUGGCAAUCUACCAGUCGAUCUUCAAAAUUGCACUACAGUGUAUCAAGCAUGUCGUCAGGAAUCAAAGUCGUUUGGUACAGUAGCUGAAGUUAUUCAUGAUGAAAAAAUGGAUGUAGCACUUAUAAACGUGAUUGAUAGGUUUCCAGAAUCAGGUGAAUUUCCAGAAACAGAUUUAGAAACAGGUGACUCUAAUCCACCAGAGUUUUACUCAGGGCGGAUACGUGAGCCAAAUGACAUACAAAGAGGAACCGAUGUAUUCAAGUUUGGAAUAUCCACAAAUUUUACAAAGGGUCGCUUUAACUUGCCGAGCAAACUGGUAGUCUUAAACAAACGAUUCAGACGACGCGUGUUUAAAGGACAAAUUGAAGUUAUUUCCACAGAUGGAAGUUUUGCGAAGGAAGGGGAUUCUGGAGCACUAAUCUUUCUAACAGAAAGGAAACGAACAUUUUGUUUAGGUCUUAUUGUAGCUGGUUUUACUGAUGGAACAGUAUUGGCUACACCAAUAGGCAAAAUAUUAACCGCUCUGGAAUGUCCUAACAGGUUGAUGUCAUUUAGACCAGUGAACCGUCUUUCUGGAGACUCGGGAGUUGUUGAGAUGGAAGUAGACGACGACUAAAAGCAGCGGAGAAGUGUGAUUACAGCAGCCAUUCUACACAAAAAUGCGUACAAAAGAAAAGAGUAGGAUCUAUUUACUAUGGACUUCUUUUGACGAUGGAAGCAUACUUUUACCGAAUUACUGAGCAUUUGGAAAAAUGAUAUUAAAGUAGCAGUCGUGUUAUAUAUUUUACAUAAUAAAAUAAUCACAUGAAAGAUAAUGAAAGUUUACAAUACAGAAAUGUUAAGUAUAAAAUUUCAGUUUAAUUGUGUUCCGUGCAAUGAUUAAAUCUUGGAAAAGGCUUAAAGUAUGUUUAGAUUACAUAUAGUUAUCUGUUCUUCCUCUUCAUGUCUUAUCAUUAAGUGAAAUUGUCUUUGCAGUGUUCCGAUUUUAUAUAUUUUUGUUGUGUUUUUCUUUAGUCUAUUUCUUAUUACAUGCAGACAUAGUCUCAAUAUUGUUGCUUUUAUCUUCUAAUGUUGAUUAGAAAUUACUUUCCUUUAAUACUGCUGCAAUUAGAAUACGUUUGUACAUACUCAUGUCCAAUAAUAGGAUUUUAAAAUCAUCAUGUUUAGGCUGACUCUCGCCAAAUAUGUUAUCCUCUUUGAAUAUUAUUAUUAUUAUUAUUAUCAUCAUCAUCAUCAUCAUCAUCAUCAUCAUCAUUUGUAUAUUUUUUCAGAUUCAUAACAAACAUGUGAUUCUAUGAAAUGUACCAACCUAUACAAUUAAUUCUAAGGUUAUUAAGUAAGCUCUAUGCAGUAUAUCAAAUAGAACUUCAGGUCACGUGUAUUCCGAAGAUACGUAAAAUAUGCAGAUUGUCUCUAAUAAAAGUGGUUCACAAAGUAAAACUUUGAUGUAAUAAAAUUAUAAAAAUAACAAAACAAGCCAUUUAUCACAUUGAAUUGUGUAAUUAUUAGUAAUAUCUAGCCGUUUGUUAUAAAAAAAUUCAUUGUCAGGAAUCAUUGUCAAUUUCCAUUGUCAUUGUCACUUUGCUCUAGUUGCUAUUUUCUUGAAAUGUUUAACAAAAAUCGUUUGAUUUAUCGCUGUGUAGUGGAUAACAAAUGUUUCGUAUGAUAUAGAUUUGUGUAGUUAAUAUUGUCAAAUGUAUAACAAUUUUCUCAGGAGUCUAAGACAUUCUGGAAUGUAUAUACUGAAUAAAUGUAUGAUAUAUCUAUCUUUAUUGUAGUGCCCAAUUUGCUUCGGGGGUGGGAGGGGGAGGAGAGGGGGUGUAGAUGUAAGCGAUUUUUGGUUAAACACCCGUUUCCAACUGUAUUUCAGGUUAUAUUAAGAUAGUGGACCCGGAAUGGUAAUGUUUAAUAAUUGCAUUAACUUGAUAGAGUCUUGAAGUUAACAUUGUUUCGCACUGUGUUGCAUUUUUAAACAACUAUCACCAUGCCAUUUUUUUUGUUUUUGUUUUUUUAAUUUUGUAUAAUUUAUGUUAUUUCCUGACAAAUUUCAAAGUGAUAACCACUGCGUAAAACAAUCGCAGAUAAUUUAUUUUAUCAAAUAUUUUGAUAAAAGAAACCUCAAAAUAUUGCGUAACAAUUAUAAAACACAACAUAACACUGUCGAUAACAUUUUUUUCUGGGAAGCCCCAAGCAAAAGAAUCCAAUCGGACAGAAAGCUCCAACACUGAAAACUAAGACCUUGCUCUCUGUAUUCAAACAUAACCAUAGGGCAGAAGUAAAACCUACCUAUAUUUCUUCCACAAAAUAUAAACUAAAGAAUAAAUGCAAAAUAAAGAACUUUUACCACAUGUAACUCAGUAUUUUCAAAGAUGUCUAAACCUUCACUGUUAAAUUCACUUUAAACAGCAAGAAAUGGCUAAUCAAAUGAAAUGUUUCCGCUUUUGUACAACAAAUCAAUAAUAAGUCUUGAAAAAACAGUUUAUCUUACUAGAUAAAAGAAAUGUAAUGAAAAAAGUUUGGUCCUAGCGGGGUUUGAACCUACGCCCUCCAGAAAAUUUAGUUAAAGUAGGUUUACGGUAGGAAUUGAAUACUCUUCAAAAAAAGGAGGUACACUAUUACGGGUCCGUCAAUUUUCCCAACCAUCGUAUUAGGGAAGGAACAGGACUAGACCAUAAUCGUUAACAGUCCGGUUGGUAGCGGGGUUCGAGCCCAAAAUUCCCUGCAGACCGACAAGAAAACCGCCCCAUCGGUACUUCAGUGCUUUCAUUCAGUAUUACUGGCGGUUUAUUUACUUACUUGCCAAAUCCUGUUUUAGGGUCCGAGACGAACCGAGUUUUGUGUACGUAUUCUUCAUUGAUCAGUUGAAUUUGUAAUAAGAUUUUAAUUGGAUAAUUUCGCGGAAAUAAACCGUUUCCGAAUCUUUUAUAAGCACACCAACUACACAAGAAAGCCGAAAACUUUGGCUUCGUAGAUAAAUAAAUGAUAUUGGGAGCUGACAAGAUUUUUUUAUAGGCAAGUCAAAUUUUGUAUCUUUAAUUUUGUACUCUGUAUUUUUGCAAAUUGGUAAAAUCUGGAUUGGUAACUAUUUAUUUUACAGAGAUCAUAUCUUAAUGCUAGACACAUACGUAUUUGAAUUGUUUAGUUUUAUAUCUAUUCAGCUAUUAAGAAAACUACAUAGUUAUUUUGUUCGUGAGUAAGAUUUGUAUUUGAAUAGCUUAGUUCUAUAUACGAUAAUCAGCUAUUCAGAAAACUACAUAGUAUUUUUGUUUAUGAGUAAAAUUUAGUAGAUUCUUUUAACUGUUGAUUUACAGAAAUUUUGUUUUAGAGUUAAGUCUGUUUGAACUGUUCAUUAUUCACCUAGAGAAAAGAAACAUAUUGAGUACUCCAAUUUCUUGAUCACUUAAAGCGUACUUUUGUUAAGAAGUUGUCGCUUAGUUUGCGUCUUUCGGUCCAUUUUAAUAAUAUUCUAGGCCAUGAGUACUCUUCAUAGGAAAACAAAUUUAGAUGUAUUAGGCUAUAUACCAAUAAAAGAAAUUGUUCUUUGUUUCAUAUAAAAUUCAGCUACUUCAGAACAAUUUUGUUAAUGUUUCUAGAUUUUCACUCCGUCGUAGACCUAUUUUCCAAAAGAUAUCCAUACAUUUGCUUCGAUAAAACGAAAAUAAAAAGGGGUGUUGAAUAGUAUGCAGUGAAAUGCAAGUCAACUGAAGUCAGGUACCCUCAUAUUGCCGCAUUUCAGAAAGCGGUCCGCAGAAUAAACACCCUACUUUCGUUUUCCAGUAAACAACUCGAAAACAUGCGCAUAUUAGCAUGAAACGUGUCCUAUUUUAUGUAAAAUUCAUUCCACGAGUGAAAUAAUGCCCAUUGGGUCCCCGAUUUACGCGCAAAUGCGCGAAAAAUGGAAAAAUUAGGAUCUAUUUAUUAGGGACUUCUUUCGACUACACCACGGAAGCACAUUUUGGACCGAAUUACUGCAUUAUAACCAUUAUGAAAUUAAAAAACUGAAUAAAACCGUAAAUAUAACUUUUUAGGCAUUUCAAUGCAUUUAAGAAAAAAAUCAUGAGUAGGCAGUAUGUUGGUUGAAUGUCGAUUAAAUGAAAGAAACCAGUAUGGUAGGAUUGUUUGUUUGUUUAUAUUACAACUAUUGGUUGAGAAACUAAGAGUAUGAUUUUCUUAUUCAUUAAAGAGUUAGUCUCUAGGCUUGGUGAAUUAUUUGUCAUUUUCUAAAUUUUAUUGAUCGUGUUUAGAAUGUUUGAUGUUAUGUGUGUGAAUUAUAUGAAUGUUUAUAGAAAUAUACUCUGGCUUCGUAGAUAAAUAAAUGAU